CCCUGAUUACAGGUGUGACUGGAAGCUGAGGGCAGAACAGACAACCUCUCUGACAAAACUAGCAACUGGGACCAGAGCGGAGAUAAUUGUAAGAGGCGCUCAAGCAACCUGACGUGCCCAGUGGCCACAGAGUAGCGGCUGUUCCCAGUAUUCAACGUCCCUGCUCGUCACUCCCACAAGGCGGCUACCUGUGCGUCACUGCGCUGUAUAUACCCAGUCUCGCGAGAUGAGCUGUGUGACAUCGGGAUUAGCUGUCCUGCAGGAGCCAAGGAGCUGGAUAAUAACGGGGCUACGGGACGUUUAAGCAGCGGUCCCGGAUUGCGGGCUGUGGUAAGAAAAUCGGAACUGUCCCGCGAAGGGCGGGAGCGUUGAGAGGUCGGCUCCUUCGGCUCCCAGGGAUGAAACUGAAGAAGCAGGUGACUGUUUGUGGAGCAGCCAUCUUUUGUGUGGCUGUCUUCUCCUUGUAUCUCAUGCUGGACAAAGUGCAACACGACCCACCCAGGAGACAGAACGGUGGCAACUUUCCCAGGAGCCAGAUAUCUGUCCUACAGAAUCGUAUAGAGCAGCUUGAGCAGCUCCUAGAGGAGAACCACGAGAUCAUCAGCCACAUCAAGGACUCUGUUCUAGAACUGACCGCCAAUGCUGACGGUCAGCCCAUUCUGCUUCCAUACCACACUCCUAAUGGAACUUGGGUUAUGCCACCUGACCCCAGACCCAGCUUCUACUCUGUCUCUCCUCAGGAUUGCCAGUUUUCUGUGGCAAAUAAGAGGCAAAAGACAGAUUUGCAGAUGAUUGAUGUUUACGCACAGUUGCCUUUUGAUAAUGUUGAUGGAGGUGUUUGGAAACAAGGCUUUGAUAUUACCUAUGACCCUAAGGAGUGGGACAAUGAACCGCUGCAGGUGUUUGUGGUUCCACAUUCACACAAUGACCCUGGAUGGAUCAAAACCUUUGAUAAGUAUUACUAUGACCAGACGCAGCAUAUCUUGAAUAACAUGCUAGUGAAGUUGCACGAGGAUCCGCGGCGAAAGUUUAUUUGGUCUGAAAUCUCCUUCUUCUCAAAGUGGUGGGACAACAUCAAUUCCCAAAAGCGAGCUGCAGUGCGCAGGUUAGUUGCUAGCGGCCAGCUGGAGAUGACGACAGGAGGCUGGGUGAUGCCAGAUGAAGCCAACACUCACUACUUUGCCAUGAUCGAUCAGAUGAUAGAGGGUCAUCAGUGGCUGAAGAAAAACAUUGAUGUCACCCCAAGAUCAGGGUGGGCAGUGGACCCGUUUGGUCACAGCUCUACAAUGCCGUAUAUCCUGAGGCUCUCCAACCUAACCAGCAUGCUGAUCCAGAGGGUACACUAUUCUAUCAAGAAGCACUUUGCAGCUACACAGAGCCUGGAGUUCAUGUGGAGACAGACAUGGGACCCAGAUUCCAGCACUGAUAUCUUCUGUCACAUGAUGCCCUUCUACAGUUAUGAUGUUCCACACACAUGUGGCCCUGACCCAAAGAUUUGCUGUCAGUUUGACUUUAGGCGCCUUCCAGGUGGGAGAAUAAAUUGUCCAUGGAAAGUGCCACCAAGAGCAAUCACAGACUCCAACUUGGCUGAAAGGGCCAUUAUUCUCCUGGAUCAGUACAAGAAGAAAUCAAAGCUGUAUCGCAGUAAAGUGGUGCUGGUGCCACUGGGAGAUGAUUUCCGCUAUGAUAAAAUCCAGGAGUGGGACGCUCAGUUCCUCAACUAUCAGAAGCUGUUUGACUACAUGAACUCGCAUCCAGAACUCCAUGUUCAGGCUCAAUUUGGAACACUAUCUGAUUACUUUGAUGCCCUGUACAAGAGGAUGGGAGUCUCGCCUGGAAUGAAACCUCCUGAUUUUCCUGUGGUCAGUGGAGAUUUUUUCUCUUAUGCUGAUCGUGAAGAUCACUACUGGACCGGAUAUUAUACAUCCAGACCCUUUUAUAAGAGCAUGGACAGAGUGCUUGAGUCCCACCUUAGAGGAGCAGAGAUUUUGUACAGCUUGGCCAUUAAUCAUGCCAGAAAAGCCGGAAUGGAAAGCAAAUACCCACUCUCUGAUUAUGCUUUGCUAACUGAUGCCAGGCGCAACCUUGGGUUGUUUCAGCAUCAUGAUGCCAUCACGGGCACAGCAAAGGAAGCUGUUGUCAUUGACUACGGUGUACGGUUACUCCAUUCGUUGAUGAACUUGAAACGCAUAAUAAUUAAUGCAGCACACUACCUCGUUGUGGCAGACAAGGAGAAGUAUCACUAUGAUCAUUCUGUGCCAUUCUUCAGCACGGACGAGAGCCGUUUAACCCAGGAAAGUCUGCCAGAGAAAACCGUUAUCAAGCUGAGUACAUCUCCAAGGUACGUGUUGGUUUUUAACCCAGUGGAACAGAAUCGCCUGUGUGUGGUCUCUCUGCUUGUGAACACUUAUAAUGUGAGAGUGCUUACAGAAGAUGGCCAGCCUGUGGCAGCCCAACUCAGUCCUGUUUGGCAGUCUGUUACAGACAUGAACCCCGAUGUCUACCAGGUAUCCUUCACUGUCCGGUUACCAUCACUUGGACUCAGUAUCUUCCAGCUUUAUGCUUCCAUUGAUACCCACACUACACUCAAGUCAAAUGUUCGUGUGUAUCUGCAUGGGCGAGAACUUACAAUAAAGAAACAGGAUGCUUUCCCAGUGAAGGUGUUGGAGUCCAACACGGAUGAUUUUUAUAUUGAGAAUCAGUACAUGCAGGUCUGGUUCUCUGGCACUACAGGUUUGUUAAAGAGCAUUAAAAGGGCUGGAGAAGAGCAGGAACAGAAAAUCAACACGCAAUUCCUCAUCUAUGGAACUCGAACAUCAAAGGAUAAAAGUGGGGCCUAUCUUUUCCUACCUGAUGGUGAAGGAAAGCCCUAUACUCCUAAAGACCCUCCUGUGGUGAGAGUGACAGAAGGCCCAUUCUUCUCUGAAGUGACUUGCCAAUAUCAGCAUGUGCAGCAAGUUAUGAGACUCUACAAUUUACCAGGUACAGAGGGCCUGUCUUUAGACAUCAGUUUAUUGAUUGAUAUCCGUGACCAUGUCAACAAGGAGAUAGCAAUGCGGCUCAGCACUGAUAUACAGAGUGGAGACACCUUCUUCACAGACUUAAAUGGCUUUCAGAUUCAACCAAGAAAGUUCUUUAAGAAGCUACCGCUCCAAGCAAAUUUUUACCCAAUGCCGACAAUGGCUUAUAUUCAGGAUGAACAGAACCGAUUAACACUGCACACAGCCCAAGCCCUGGGGGUUUCCAGCUUGAAAAAUGGGGAGUUGGAAGUCAUUCUUGACCGUCGCUUAAUGCAAGAUGAUAACAGAGGUCUGGGCCAGGGGCUGAAGGACAACAAGCGUUUGUGUAGCAGGUUCCGUAUCCUGAUGGAGAAAAGGUCACCGGUGAAUAAGCAUGCCAGCUUCCUUUCUAAAAUGGUCUCCAAGUUUAGAGAACUGGCUUUUUACAUCACCAGGAGCAACAAUGAUGAGAGUCUAGGAAACCAGCUGGUGAGCUUCCCAUCUCUUCUAAGUCACAUGACCUCUAUGCAUUUGAACCAUGACCCCCUUCUAAUGGCAGUGACCAACGAAAAGGGCCCCGUGCUGAAAUCAUUUCAACCUCUCUCGGCCACGCUGCCCUGUGACUUCCAUAUUCUCAACUUGAGAACACUACAAGCUGAGGAUGAUGGGCUGCCUUCACCAGACAUGGCUUUGAUCUUACACCGAAAAGGCUUUGACUGUGGACUUGAGGCAAAGAAUCUGGCGUUCAACUGCACUACGAGCCAGGGAAAGCUGUCUCUCGGAGGCCUCUUUCUCGGCUUGGACAUUGGGACAGUACAGCAGACUUCACUGACACUGAUGUAUUCACUCGCCUCCCCUUCAAACAACAGUAAUCCCACAGUCAGUAUGGACCCCAUGGAGAUAUCGACUUACCGGCUGCGCUUUAGCUAACCCCACUAAAAGGGGCACGAGUUCCCAGAGCACAACAAAAGGACUAGUAGCCGACUGUUCAGUCAGUACAUUGUUAUGCAAGAGGGAAGCAUUGGCCUCAAUCCCUGAACGUAUCUAGUGCUGGAAAAGCCUGGGGAGGUACUUGGCACAAGCUUAAAGGAUCUGUCUCCAGUGUACGCCUGCUCAGUGGUCACCAGCUGCUGGCCCCUAUCAGAGAAAGGGUUAAACCCAUAGAUGGUGCAUCGUAGGAUGAGCAGAAACUAUUUAUGAUGACAAUGCUUUUUAACAUAAUUUAUUUAAUGUCCUUUUUUUUUUUUAAUACAUAUCUGGACUUUACACUUGCUGCUGAUCUGGAUUCAUCUUCUUCUGCAGAGGCGACUGUGAAUUCCCUUCUUUAUAACGGAGAGAAUAGGGACAUUUCUGUAUCAUUUUUAUGGGGUACACAAAAAGUUCUUGCAUAUUCAUGUCAGUAUUCUACCAGCCUCCCCCAUCUGACUUUUUUAUGCCGUGAUUCCCUCCUUUUUAAUAUAUUUCCAAAUAUAAAGGACUUGGGUAAGGGAUAAAAAAACAAGAAGACUUUUGAGGGGAAACGUUUGUGUUAUGGUGUAAAUAUUAUUUUUGCCUCUUGCUAUAGAUCAUCAUAAAUACAAACUGACAUCA